CGCACGUAUGAGUGGUACGAGAAUGUAAUACCAACAACUUAACGAUUGGAAACUUUUCUUUGUUAACCUACGUAUCCAUUUGUCUGAUGCAUACUAUUACCUAAUCAAAAUAGGGAUCCUUCAUAUUAGAUGAUAAAGACAAGUUGGUCACUAAAAAAUAUGAGAAAAAUUGUCAUCUCUAAAAUUACAUAUCGUGACCAAAAUGAACAAUUUAACACCUAAAAUUUGGCAUAGAGAUUGCCCCUCCGUAGAGAGGCCCACCAAGAAAGGACCGCGUCAAAGAAUAGUAGUAGUCCACCACCACCAAGAUCCAACAUAUCAUUGUCAACGGCCAGUCCUUUCUGUUUCCCACACAAAACGGUAAAAACUAAAAUAAACUAGCAAGUAGCAAACCCAACAAACAAAAGAAAUAUUCGAAGGAAGGAACUUCCCAUCUAUAGCUUGGGAAACAAGUCAGAGUUCCAUCUAUUUACGAUCAUGACACUGACAUAGCUCGUCCCCCGAGGCCGCCUGUCCAGCUCAGCCGCGCCAGCGCCAGCCAAGUGCGCUCGCUGGACAUUCUUCGGACAGGUCCAAGCCUAACCCACUCUAGCUUCGGGCCCUGCCUCCGUCAACGCACCGGUCCCACCUCCCCUGGUUCGUAGCUCUUCAUCGAAGGAAUAUUCCAGCUCCGGAUCGCCGAGCCACGCUCCGAGCCGGGGUUUUUUCCCGCCGGUUCCGACAGAUGGAGGCUUUCUUAGUCUAGUGGAGAAAGGGGGAGCAAGUCUUUUUUGUUUUUUUAAUUCGCGUGUAUAUAUAGAACAGCUUCGAUGACACUCUACUCCAAUCCGCUCGUUCUCUGCCAAGUCUCAAGUCAAGCUUCUUCUUGCUCUGUUUUUCUCUGUGUCUGUUUUGGGGGAAAGGGAAAAUGGCGAGGUGAGCUAAGCGCCGAGCUUCGAUUUAAAAACUUGUGGGAGGAUGAAAUUUUGAUGUUUCGGUGAUUUUAAAAUUGAACUCUGGGAUGGAAAAGACUCUUCUUUUCAAUUAGAUCAUGAGGAAAUCUGAUGGAGGUCGUCAUUGAAUGUAUUUCCUGAGAAAUGAUCGGUUCUCCUUCUGGGGUUCUAGGUUCUAAUUUCAUCCUGGACAGUUUCUGGGGUUUGGGUUCUGCAAAAUUUUCUUCGUCUGGGUAGUUUCGGUGUAGGUUUCUGGGUGUGAUUGAGCAACUGGGUUUUGUUCGUUCGAAAGGAAUUUGGCAUCAAAGGAAUAAAUGAAAGGGGAAUGCUCUCUGGGCUAGAAGUAUUCUCUACCGUUUUCAAUCAGGAAUGGUAUCCAUGGCUGUUUAAUGGUAGAGAGAAUGGAUGAAUGGAUUCCAGUAGGCUAAAACCCUGGGGUUUAAGCCAAGGGGUUCAUUUCUGAAGUGUUGGAAUAUGAGAAAUUGGGGAGCUUGGAUUGUUGAAAGAGGGGAUGCUCACUUGACUACUACACUCGGCCUAGUGAGAAAUGGGUAGCUUGAUGGUUUAGAUGUUGAAGAGCUUCGAGUUGAAUAGGAUAGAAUCAUAGUUACUGAUCCCCAUAUACUUUGUCCAAAAAUGGCCCUCUUGAGCUUGAAAACAAGUCCCUUUCUAAUACAUUCCCCAGAAGCUUCAGCCUUUUUUGUGCUUUUGUGUGAACUAGAAGCCAACUCAUAUUAACACAUAGCCAAAUGGAGAAUGGAUGGUUGAAUGUGGUAGCUGCAGAGUUGAAUGUCUUAGAUUUCAGGAGCUUUCACGUUGAAUGUGAUAGUAGCAUAGUCCAAAAACGGCCCUUGAGAGCUUCAAAACAAAGUCCCUUUCCAAUGGCUUGGAUUUUGGAUGGUAAAUCAAUAGCAAGGAAAGUGACCCAAUCACCCACCGAAUCGAUCAAAGAUGCAGGAGCUUCUCUCGAAUGUCCUAAUUGUCAGCAUAGAAUUGACAACAGUGAUGUAAUCAAUGAAUGGCCUGGCUUUCCAGCUGGGGUGAAGUUUGCCCCAACUGAUGCAGAGCUGCUGGAGCAUUUAGCAGAGAAAUGCGGCAUUGGGAGCUCGAAACCGCACAUGUUCAUUGAUGAGUUCAUCCCAACACUUGAAGGGGACAAUGGGAUUUGUUACUCCCAUCCUGAAAACCUUCCUGGUGCUAAGAAAGACGGAAGCUGUGUUCAUUUCUUUCAUCGCACCAUGAAUGCUUAUGCAACUGGUCACAGGAAGCGUAGAAAGAUCCAGAGAGGUGAAGACACUUCCAUUAGCGAAAGUGUGCGCUGGCACAAGACAGGCAGGACCAAGGUCGUGGUCGAAAAUGGUGCUAAAAUGGGCUGCAAGAAGAUCAUGGUCCUGUACAGAAGCUCAAAGGGAAGAGGUUCUAAGCCUGAUAAGGCCGGUUGGACGAUGCACCAGUUCCAUUUGGGCACUGAAGAGGAUGAAACUUCUGGUGAAUAUGUUGUUUCCAGGAUCUUCUACCAGGAAUCCAAGAUGAAUGGGAAGAAUAAUGAUGAGACUUCGGAGAUUCAAGGUUCUGAUACUGUUGUUGCUGGUGUAAUGCAUCCAAGGACCCCGAACCCAAAUCCUCCCAAUCCACAGCGACAUAACGAUCUUGCUGAUGACAACAUCACUUCAGAUUCCUCUGUCCAGGAUCAGAAGUUGAUGAUAGGGGAGGAUGUGGGAUAUGAAGCAUGGCUGGGUGGUGAAUCCCAGCCUGUUGAUGAAACCCCUGACUUCACCAACAUCGGAGAUACUUCUUUGGUAUGCAAAGAGACUUCCAAUCCUUCUACUUCGAUCUUCGGCAAUAACUCAACAGCAAUGAAUCAUAUACCAUGCACUGGUGGAGGUAGUGGAAAUAACAACCCUCCUUUUGCUUCAUCGAUCUUCGGCAAUAACUCAACAGCAAUAAAUCAUAUACCAUGCCCUGGUGAAGGUAGUGGAAAUAACAACUCUCCCACAUCUUUGUCGAUCUUGGGCAACAACUCAACAGCAAUAAAUCAUAUACCAUGCACUGGAGGAGGUAGUGGAAAUAACAACGCUCCUUCCUGUGGAAUCUCUGUCCUGGAGAGCCUGGAAUUGGACAGCCCACCAGAUUUCCAGCUUUCUGAUCUUCAAUUUGGUUCCCAAGACAGCAAUUGUAGCUGGCUGGACAAGUUUUGAAUAAACACUCGGAAUAACAAUGGAGCAGAAGAAGCUCUGCUAGACUAAACCAUGAACAUGUCAUCACUCCACUUGUUUUGUUGCUGGUGCAGGAAGCCAUACUAGUUGGCUUUAGUUUAGCAGCAUUGUUGUUGUUCAAUCUCAAUAGGCUAAAAAUGGGAAGUAAUGUAUGUUUUUCAUGCAGUUCGUGUGCAACAUAAUCAAGAGGCUGCAGAGUGAUUCCACUAUUGCUGCAAUGGUGGGAAAGACGAAAAAUGGCCUCAUAAUUUCGAUUGUAGUAGUUGUGAACUUGUGAUGGCAGAGUGGCUGUAGCCUGUAGCCUCUUCAUAAACUGUCAUCGUGUAAUGUACUUUAAUUGACUGCAUUAUAAACAGAGGAUGUUAUGUUCCUUGUUAACUAAGUAAGCUACAGUAGUAGUAAUUUCUUGCUGCUGUCUUUAUGGCUGCUGGUUUUUCUUCUGUGCAAAUCCAGGAAUUGGUUCAAGAAAGUUGUUCAUUAGCACUGUGAAGUGGGAAUGCAUGCAAGAGUACAGCUUAUUUACUCCCUGACUUCGUAUUGAAGCUACCAUAACUGUUGAUUUUGAAAUGCACCAUCGUUUAAGUACCUAAUUUAUUUGCAGAAGGCCUUUCCCUUUUAUUUGCAGCUGAAUAGAAACCUUACCAUCGC